GCCUGGGACACAAGGUCUGAAAGUCGUGCUGCUCUGUGGGUUCCUGGACCCCCGAGGUGGGACAUUGUCGUCUCAGCUCCGCGGCCGACGGAGAGACUUUCCUCCGAGAGCUGGACAGAGAGUUUCUUGCCCCCGGUUUCCAGCACCCCAGCAGCUGCUGCUGCAGAGGAAAAGAGGUUUGCUUUGGAUGCUUAUUGCCCAGACUGCCUGAGAGUGAAAAACCAGAAGAAGAUUGUUGGUGGUAGAACUCUAACAGUGCAAGCAAUGGAAUCAGUGACCUUCAAUGAUGUAGCUAUAGGCUUUGAUGCAGAAGAGUGGGCCUUGAUGGACACAACACAGAGGAACCUGUUCAGACAUGUUAUGCUGGAGAGUAUCCAUCAUCUGGUGUCAGUGGGGUAUCAGCUCUGCAAAUCAGAAGUGAUUUCCCGGUUGGAACAAGGAGAGGAACUGUGGAGAGAAGGAUUAGGAUUUCUCCAAGGACAGAGUACAAACAGACAAAAUGACCAUAGAAAAGAAGAAAUGAUAAUUAUGCCACAUACCUGCAAUAAGGACAAAUAUAUGACCCAAUCAAAGCAACAGAUUUCUAACAUUGGAGAGGAUCCCUUUGGAAGUAUUGAUAUGGGAGAAGAUUUAAUUCACUCAAGAUUGGCCGACAUGGAAACAAAGCCCUAUGUAAAUGAACAAUUUCAAAAAGCCAUCAAUUACCAGUCAUUCUUUAGUAGACAUAAGCAAAUUCAGACAGGAAAUAAUUCAUAUGACUGUCAUCUAUGUGGAAAAGCCUUCAGAAAUAUUUCUGUCCUUACACAGCAUGAGAGAACUUGCACUGGAGAGAAACGAUAUGUCUGCCAUCUGUGUGGGAAAUCCUUCAGUCGAUGUUGUAACCUUAAGGAACAUCAGAGAAGUCACACUGGGGAGAAUGCAUAUGUCUGCCAUCAAUGUGGGAAAAUCUUUACUGAUAGUUCUAAGCUCAGAGUACAUUUGAGAACUCACAAUGGAGAGAAACCAUACAUUUGCCAUCUAUGUGGAAAAUCCUAUAAGAAUCGUGGUGACCUUAGGCAACAUGAGAAAUCUCACACAGGGGAGAGACCAUAUGCCUGCCAUCUAUGUGGGAAAGACUUUGCUCGUAGAACUGCCCUCAGAUCACAUGUGAGAACUCACACUGGGGAGAAACCAUACAUCUGCCAUCUAUGUGGGAAGUCCUUUGGUCAUUGGAGUAACCUUAGGGAACAUAAGAGAACUCACACUGGGGAGAAACCAUAUGUCUGCAACACAUGUGGGAAAUCCUUUAGUCAUUGUGGUAGCCUUAGUAGUCAUAAGAGAACUCACACUGGGGAGACACCAUAUGCCUGCCAUCUGUGUGGGAAAUCCUUCAGUCAACGUGGUCCCCUUAAGGAUCAUGAGAGAACUCACACUGGGGAGAAACCAUAUGUAUGCCAUGUGUGUGGGAAAGGCUUCACUCAUCGUACUGCUCUCACACGACAUGUGAGAAUUCACACUGGGGAGAAACCAUACAUCUGCAAUGUAUGUGGGAAAUCAUUCAGUCAUUCUGAUAACCUUAGGAGUCAUGAGAGAACUCACACUGGGGAGAAACCAUACAUCUGCAAUGUAUGUGGGAAAUCAUUCAGUCAGUCUGGUAGCCUUAGGAAACAUGAGAGAACUCACACUGUGGAGAUACCAUACAUCUGCAAUAUAUGUGGGAAAUCCUUCAGUAAAAGUGGUUGACUUAGGCAACAUGGGAGAACUCACACUAGGGAGAAAACAAAUGUCUGCCAUUUAUGAGGCAAUUCUUCAGUCAAUGUGGUACCCUUAGGCAACUUGGGAGAACUCACACUGGGAAGAAACCAUGUAUCAGUUUUUUUGUAGGGAAGACUUCACUGAUAGAGUGACCCUCAGACAGCACAAGAUAAUUAACACUGGGGAGAAAACAUGUCUGCCAUCUAUGUGGGAAAACUAUUAGACAUAAUUCUACCAUUAGGUACAUCAUAGAACUCAUUAACUAUGUUGUGCAUAUAUAAUUUUCAGACAGCUACCAACUUUAAAAAGAAAAAAACCCACACAGGAGUAUAAAUCCCUAUCAAUGUAAUCAAUGUCUACAUGCCUUUAUUUACAAUCUAUCCUUAAAUAACAUGAUUGCACUAUCCUGGGAGAAACACUAUGUAAUUGCAUAUAGUAGAUUUCAGCUGAGCUCCAGCCUUGGUGUAUAUAAGAAUAACUCAGAGUAGGAAUAAAUCCAAAAUGAGAAAACUGGAUAGGAAAGAUAUUAUCAGUGGGAGGAAUCUCUAGAACUCUAGGAGAUAAUUAUUGAUGGAACAAUAACUCAAAAAUGAAAUGUGUGAAAUUCUUUGCCUACACAGCAAUGUGUGAAAUAUAUGUGAAGUUUCACCUUUUAUAAAAUAUUCUCUGUAUGUAUAGAGAGAAUGAAGAAAAGUCAUUGUUGGCUUUGAAUUUAUUCAUCAGUGUUUAAUUUCCCAUACUGAGGAAAUGUCAACCCUAGAAUAAAAUCACAAAGUGUUCAGCUGGAGUUCACAUCAGGAAUAUCAGACAGGGAAAAACAUCUAACAAGAAUGCUUUACAACACAAUUCAACCAUGAAUUCAGAGUUUUACCUGAAAACUAAAUUAAAACUAGCAUUGUGAAGUGAUCUAGGAUUGCUGAAUGAAGUAUUUUUUAAUGAGUUGGAGGGAAGGAAGUCAAAAUUUUUCUCAAUACACUUGCAAAUAAUUAUGAAGUAAAAGCUGUAGCUGAAUGUUCUAUAAUGGUUAGCUAUUUUUCACACUCUAAACAUAAAUAUGACUGUUAAACCAGAGAACUUUGAAUGUAAACUGAAAAAUGUACAGACCAAGAUUAUGUAUCAUAAAUAUUAUAUUCUUUGAACAGGUAUACAUCCAGCAAUGAUGAAUGGAAUAUAAAUAAAUAGAUAACUUGGGAUUAAUUUCUGCUGAUAGGGUCAUUUUCCUUUGCACUGUCACUAUUGGUCUUGUACCUUAAAAUGGAAUUAAAAUUAACUCUUAAAAGAA